GAGAGAGGUGCUAGCUCUGAGCCCAGCCACAGGGUGUUGGUUCUCCUUGGGCAGGUAACAUGGAGCAGCUGAACUGACCUGAGGAGCCGUCCCAGCUUUGCCCAGAAUGGGCUGUGUGUAUUGCAAGGAGAAGGGGUCGAAUAAAGGCCAGACGGAGAACAUCGAUGGCACGACCGGCUCGGCAUCGAAAUCCUGCUACGGCCCCGACCCGACGCAGCAGAAUCCCUCCAGCAGCUUCACCCGCAUCCCCGACUUUAACAACUUCCACAGCACGCCCGCCGGCGCCCCCACCUUCAUGGGCCCCGGCCUCUAUCCCAACAGCACCUUGUGUGGAGGGGGGAUCACAGGCGGGGGCGUGACCCUUUUCAUUGCCUUGUACGAUUACGAAGCCCGGACGGAGGAUGACCUGACGUUCCUGAAGGGGGAGAAAUUCCACAUUAUCAACAAUAGCGAGGGCGACUGGUGGGAGGCGAGGUCCCUGAACACAGGGGCCACGGGCUACGUCCCCAGCAACUACGUGGCCCCGGUGGACUCCAUCCAGGCGGAAGAGUGGUACUUUGGGAAGAUGGGGCGAAAGGACGCUGAGAGGCAGCUGCUGUGCCAGGGCAACCCCCGAGGGACCUUCCUCAUCCGUGAGAGCGAGACCACCAAAGGUGCCUACUCCCUGUCCAUCCGGGACUGGGAUGAGACGAAGGGCGACCACGUGAAGCACUAUAAGAUCCGGAAGCUGGAUAACGGUGGCUAUUACAUCACCACGCGGGCCCAGUUCGACACCAUCCAGGAACUGGUCCAGCAUUACAUAGAGCGAGCUGCGGGCCUGUGCUGCCGCCUGGCCGUGCCGUGCCACAAGGGGAUGCCCAAGCUGGCAGACCUGUCUGUCAAAACCAAAGACGUGUGGGAGAUCCCGCGAGAGUCGCUGCAGCUGAUCAAGAAGCUGGGCAAUGGGCAGUUUGGGGAAGUGUGGAUGGGCACGUGGAACGGCACCACCAAGGUGGCGGUGAAGACGCUGAAGCCGGGCACCAUGUCCCCGGAGGCCUUCCUGGAGGAGGCCCAGAUCAUGAAGCGGCUCCGGCACGACAAGUUGGUGCAGCUCUAUGCCGUGGUGUCGGAGGAGCCCAUCUACAUCGUCACCGAGUUCAUGAGCCAGGGGAGCUUGCUGGAUUUCCUGAAGGACGGGGAUGGCCGGUUCUUGAAGCUGCCCCAGCUGGUGGACAUGGCAGCCCAGAUCUCGGCCGGCAUGGCCUACAUCGAGCGGAUGAACUACAUCCACCGGGACUUGCGUGCCGCCAACAUCCUGGUGGGCGACAACCUGGUGUGUAAGAUCGCGGACUUCGGCCUGGCCCGCCUCAUCGAGGACAACGAGUACACGGCACGCCAAGGUGCCAAGUUCCCCAUCAAGUGGACGGCCCCGGAGGCUGCUCUCUAUGGGAAGUUUACUAUCAAGUCGGACGUGUGGUCCUUCGGCAUCCUCCUGACGGAGCUCGUCACCAAGGGCCGCGUGCCCUACCCAGGCAUGAAUAACCGGGAGGUGCUGGAGCAGGUGGAGCGGGGGUACCGUAUGCAGUGCCCCAGCAGCUGCCCCCCAUCCCUGCACGAGUUGAUGGUGCAGUGCUGGAAGAAGGAGCCCGAGGAGCGCCCCACUUUCGAAUAUCUCCAGUCCUUCCUGGAAGACUAUUUCACUGCCACAGAACCUCAGUACCAGCCGGGGGACAACCAGUGAGCCCUACUCUCUGAGCCAGCCGGCCGUGCCCAGGGGCACUUCCCUGCAGCGGCUGCACCGGGCCAGGACUUCCCAGGCGGCACUGGGCCAGGACUUGCCAUGCCAGCCGGCCCCGGGCCAGCACUUCCCUCUUUGUACAAUCUGGGCCAGACCCUUUUUUUACAGUCCCCUUUUGGGGGUUUUGUUACUUUCCUGCCAUCUGC